GGGCUCAGACGGGGGGCACAGGGGAGUUUGAUCAGGGGCAGAGAGAGGCACAGACUGGGGCCACUGGCCCAGGAAUGGUCUCCACGGAGAGCAGACCUCGGAAACGCUGAGCAGGAGAUGGCCAUCCCCAGAUCCCCACCUCCAGCCCAGCACCAACCAGGACUAGGACCGCCGGGCCUGCAGGCUUCAGACAUCCCAUCGACGCUGUUUGCAGGAAGGGUGGGCUUGGCGACGAGAUCCAGGCGGACGUCCGAGCAGCCCCGUGUCCGCCCCCGCCAUGGCGCUGAAGGUCUUCUUCCCCUCCUGCUGCUCGGGGGCGGACAGCGGGCUGCUGAUCGGCCGCUGGAUCCCGGAGCAGAGCUCGGCCGUGGUCCUGGCCGUCCUCCACUUCCCCUUCAUCCCGUGCCAGGUGAAGGAAUACCUGUCGGCGACGCAGCGGGCCGGCCGGACGCCGCUGACCGUGCUGGGCACGUGGUGCCACGCCCGGAGGGACGAGGACGAGGGCCUGGGCCGCUUCCUGGAAGACCUGAGCGCCAUUUUCUCACACGACCCCUGGCUCCAGCUGGGCCGGGAGCGCGGCGGGAAGUCCUGGAGCUGCGCCCGCUGCGGGCCGGGCCCCCCCGAGGCCGACCCGCCCGUCCUGGUCUACUAUGACCAGCGCCAGACCGUGCUGUCGCAGCUGCACCCCGUCCCGCGGCCGGACGCCGCCCGGCUGGCGGCCGUCUUCGACACGGUGGCCGGGAGCGAGGCGCUCUUCCGGACCGACCGCUACGCCGAGGGGCCCGUCCGGCUGAGCCACUGGCAGUCGGACGGCGUGGAGGCCAGCAUCCUCGUGGAGCUGGCCAAGCGGGCGGCCGUGCCCGCCUGCGCCCUCGUCACCUUUCUGCUCGCACUCGUCACCAGCCUCUGCCAGUGCCGGGUUGUCCGAUUUUGGCCUUUGUCUUUCGUCUGGAGCAAGCUGUCCACCUGCGAACAGUUGGGGUAUCGCCUGGAGCACCUCAAGUUGGUCUUCAGCAACCAAAAGGCGGAGAAUCAGACGCAGCUGAUGAGAAAAGCCAACAUCUUUGUCUCGCUCCUGGUGGACGUGACCCUGGGAGUUCUGCUGGUAUCCUGGCUGUAUAGGAAGAACCGGAUCGGACAGCUGGCCAACGCCCUCACCCCCGCGGCUGACCAUGUGGCCAAAGAGCUCCAGGACCUGCUGCAAUGGCUGAUGGGUGUCCCCGCCGGCUUAAAAAUGAACCGAGCUUUGGACCAGGUGCUGGGCCGCUUCUUUCUUUACCACAUUCACCUCUGGAUUAGUUACAUCCACCUGAUGUCCCCCUUCAUCGACAUGAUCCUGUGGUACGUCGGUCUGUCGGCCUGCCUGGGCCUGACGGUGGCCAUGGCCAUCCUCUCGGACAUCCUGGCCCUACUGACCUUCCACAUUUACUGCUUCUACGUCUACGGAGCCAGGCUGUAUUGUCUGAAGAUCUACGGCCUCUCCUCCCUGUGGCGCCUGUUUCGAGGGAAGAAGUGGAACGUCUUGAGGCAGCGCGUGGACUCCUGCUCCUACGACCUGGACCAGCUGUUUAUUGGGACUUUGCUGUUUACCAUGCUGCUCUUCCUCCUGCCCACGACAGCCCUCUACUACUUGGCGUUCACCUUGCUCCGACUGCUGGUGGUGGUGGUACAGGGCCUGAUACAUCUCCUCGUGGACCUGAUCAACUCCGUGCCCCUUUACGCCCUCGGCCUGCGGCUCUGCCGGUCCUACAGACUCGCGGCCGGCGUGAAAUUCCGGGUCCUGGAGCAGGAGACCGGCAAGCCCCUCCGCCUGCUGAUGCAGAUCAAUCCCCUGUCUUACGGCAGCGUGGUGCAGACUUACUGGCUCCCCACCUACAGCGGCUGCCCCAAGGACUCCUGGGGCUCCUUGUGCAAGAAGCUGUUUGUCGGCGAGCUCAUCUACCCCUGGAAGCAGAAGGGGGACAAGCAGGACUGAUACAUCCGCGGCCCAAGACCCCUGGCCUGCGGACUUGGCCCGGGCCCCCGCCCCCCCCCCCCACAAUAAUAAUAAUGAUGAUGGCAUUUAUG